CCACAACCAUCAUGGCACGGCGAAAGAGGGGGGUCUUGGACGAGGUUUAUUCGUCCGAUUCAGGUUCAUCUUCUGGUUCUGCUCCAAAUAAGAAAGGGAAAGGGAAAGAAGAUGCAGUCUAUGGCAUCUUUGGAGAUGAAGCAGAGAACGAAAAAAGAGGUGGAAUAGGUAGAACCGUUCAUGGCGAAGAUCGAAAAGGAAAAAAGAUUGAUUAUUUGCGCGGACAAGCUUUUGUAUCUGCCAAGAAUAAUGUGGAAUCGCAUGCAGAAAGUGAUAAUAAAAUGGACGUGAGCGAAUCUGACAGUGAUCAGAGUGAAGCUGAAUCUAGCUCUUCUGAAAUGGAACGAUUUGCCCGCUUAGCUGCUGAAGAGGAAGAGGAGAUUGAGAUGCGCAAUGCUUUCAAUACGGCGCCCACAAUGGAGGAUCAAGGAUUCACAAAGAGCAGCGAAUUUAAGCCAGCAUCAUUCGUUUCAUCUAGAGGUGGGAUAGGCUCUUCAAAAUUGGGCAUCGGGGCUAGCCAAAGGGAGCCAGACAAUAUUGACGAAGAUGACCGAGCGCUGCCAAGGGCUGGUAUCGGAAGGGCUGGAAUAGGAAGCAGUAGAGGCUUCGAUGCAGAAGCUUCCGGAAGCGCAGCACCGAGAAUGAGCUCGCUGAAUCAAUUCAUGCCUGCGAAAGAGUCUCCAAAAAUGUCCAAUGAGACGAGCACCCUUCAGCAGGAUGCACCACCGUCUUCCGCUUUCUCACAGCGAGCAACACAAGCAAGCAACACCAAUGCUUUCACCGGCCAGGUACCAAAGAUCUCAUUCAAGACAGGAGGUGGCAAGUUUGAUCCGGCAAAGUACCUGGCUCAGAUGGGUUGGUCUGGAGGUGGUCUUGGUAAACAAGGCGAAGGUAUCGUAAAACCGAUCGAAGUCAAACAAAGACCGGAACGUGCAGGUAUAGCAUUUGGCGGUAUUAAAGAAAAGACGAAACAAGCAAAAGAAGAAGCACGUAGACGUGGUGAACAAGUAAGCUCAGAUGAGGAGCACAAAGAGAGAAAAAGUGCAAAAGCCAAAAAGCCUUCAUCAAAAGCUGACACCCACGCAUGGACAAAACCCGAACGCAAACCGCGAAAGCCAAAAAUUGAACAUCGUACCUAUGAACAGAUCUUGGCAGAACAUGGCCAUUAUGUUGCUCCAAGUGGGGAGAAUCAAAUCAUCGUUGAUGCUACUGGUAAAGAGUAUUCAUCUUUAUCCGCUGCCCUUGCAAAACAUGCUGUCCCGACAAAUGACAGCACACAAUUGAUCGAGAUUCGACAUAAUCUUCGGCUCAUUUGUGAUGGAAAUUCGAAAGCGCUCGACCUGUUAGCAAAUGAAGGGUCAGCUAUUCAAGAUCGUCGUAAGUGGCUCGAGCGUGAAUUGCAUGAAGCCGUACGUCGCAAACAGAAUCUUGUUACCAAGCACGAUCGUGUAGAGAUUAUUGCCAAAAUCGUUGGAGAGAUUGAACUGCUCGGAAAACGUGCCGCGACUGACCCUAGGAUCGGCCUGGACAGUUUCAUGCAACCAGUGCAGGACAUCCUACAACGCCAUAGAGAUGCCAUAGCCGAGAUGGAGAUCGAUGCAGCGCUUGUUGGAGCAAUUAUCCCAAUCUUCAAGCGUGAGCUAUCUCAAUGGUCAUUGCUGCAAGAUCCUACCCGGCUUUGCAUCCCUCUGAAGAGCAUCAGUGGUGCGCUUCGCAUUUCAGUCAAGGAGGAGAUCAUGACGCCAUAUCAAUCUCUUCUGUGGAAUGUUUGGAUGCCACCCGUGCGAUCUGCAUUAAACAAUGAAUGGGACGUAUACGAUUCGACUGCAGUCACGAAGUUCUAUGAAUCUUGGACACCCCUCUUACCGGCUUUCAUUCGCGACAAUGUCACCCAUCAACUCAUUUUGCCUAAAUUGCGCUCUGCUGUUUCUGAUUGGGACGGUAAGAGUGCUUUAUACAAAGUUGUGUUCCCAUGGAUGCCACUCUUGCAUCACCAAAUGGACGAUAUCAUCUCAGAAGCAAAGAGGCGAAUCCGUUCAUCACUCAAAUCAUGGAGAGUCUCAAAGGGUAUUCCAUCCGAGUUGCGUAAAUGGAGAGACGUUUUCCGUACAAGCGAAUGGGAUUCGAUGCUGUUGGAGUAUGUGGUGGAGAAGCUGUCAACGUAUCUGAGGCAGGAGCUCAAGAUCACUGCAAACCCUCGAGCGCAAGAUAGACAGCCUUUGAAGGAUGUUCUACAAUGGAAGCCUUUGCUGGGCAGUAGAAUGUUGUCCAAAGUCAUGUUGACAGGCUUUAUACCCAAUUGGCUUGAACAGAUGCAUGCGAUGCUCACCAAUCCGAAUAGCAACACAGUAGAGGUUGCAGAUUGGUAUAGCAAGUGGAAAUCAUACCUUGAAACGAAGCACGUCGACAAAUGUGAAAGUGUGCAGAUCGGCUUUCAAGCAGCUUUACAGAUGAUGGAUGAUGCUCUACGAUCUGAUCGUUUGUCUCUCAAGAUGCCAGAUCUGAAACAAUUGCACCGUAAAUACGAAGCUGAUACAUCGAUCAAAAAGUCAAGAUCAAAACCAUCUCGCCAAGAAACGAGCACAGCCAGUUUCCGUCAAAUUGUCGAAGAAGCGGCUGCAGAGGCUGAUUUAAUCGUUCAAACACUCAAUAAGACCGACAUGAGAAGUGGAAUGCCCCUUUAUCGCAUUUCACGCGCGAUUGAUGGCAAGGCUGGCUUGACAUUUUACCUUGAAGAUGAUGUCAUCUUCCUUGAACGCAAGUCAGAGCGGGGCCAAUUCGAUCCAGUCUCGGUUGAAGAGUUAAUCAGAAGCUGUGCAUAGCGGUGUAGGCACAAUUGUGUAUUUAUAAGAAUAAUCAUGUAUACUAUUAUCCCCAAUCAACC